CCUUAUCUCAGUGGUCUUUGAAGAUCCCUCCAAGUAAACAUUUCCUUAGCAGUCUAGAUGGAGAAGCAGAACCUCUCUGUGCUGAAUGAGUUCAUUCUCAUGGGUGUCACAGACCUCCCUGAACUACAGGCUCCUUUUUUUGUACUGUUCUUUCUCAUCUACGUUGCCUCCAUGGUGGGAAAUUUGGGCAUGAUCAUCCUCACCAAGUUGGAUAACAGGCUACAAACACCUAUGUACUUUUUUCUCAGACAUCUGGCUUUCAUUGAUUUUGGUUAUUCAACAGCUGUGGGACCCAAAAUGUUGGUAAGUUUUGUAACAAGAGAAAAUACUAUCCCCUACAACUGGUGUGCCAUUCAGCUAUCUUUGUUCAUCUUCUUCAUCAUUAGUGAGUUAUUCGUUCUGGCAGCAAUGGCCUAUGACCGCUAUGUGGCCAUCUGCAGCCCCCUGCUCUAUACAGUCAUUAUGUCUCAGAAAGUUUGUUGGGUAUUGGUGAUAAUUCCCUAUCUCUUCAGUGCCUUCCUCUCUCUGAUCACCACCAUCAAAAUCUUCAUUUCAUCUUUCUGUGGCCAUAAUGUCAUCAGUCACUUCUACUGUGACAGUCUUCCUUUGUUAACCUUGAUCUGUUCAGGUACACAUGACAUUGAACUCAUAAUAUUGAUCUUCUCAGCAUUUAAUUUGGUUUCAUCGCUUUCUGUGGUACUUGUGUCCUACAUAUUGAUUCUGGUGGCCAUCAUCAGGAUGAACUCUGCAGAGGGCAGACACAAGGCCUUCUCUACCUGUGGCUCUCACCUGACGGUGGUAGUUAUUUUAUACAGUACUCUGUUUUUUAUGUAUGUACAGCCCAAAUCUAGUCACUCUUUUGAGACUGAUAAAAUGGCCUCUGUGUUCUACACCUUGGUAAUCCCCAUGCUGAAUCCCAUUAUCUACAGCUUGAGAAACAAAGAGGUAAAAGAUGCCCUUCAGAAGCUAUGGAAAAAACUGUGUAAAGCUUGUAUUUGAAAUGCAAUAGAAAGUGGAGGUAGCCUACCAGCACAAAGCCUGCCUAACACAUGCACAUCCAUGCUGAAAAUCCUGAGUCC